CUCUCCCCCACAGGCGGAGGGCGCUGAUGCUCGCUAUGAAGACAGUCGUGUUGCAUCUGCUGGUGAAGCAGCAACCAUCCGCUAGUCGUGCAGCAGCAGUUGUCUGUCCGUCCCUCUAAAGAGGAAUUUUCAGCUAAACCACCAACCAUAUCAGACCAACAUGGCUUGGAGCAUGCAUCUGAGAAGAAUCGUCUGGGUGGUGGUGAUGGUCAUAACAUACACUGCCGCUACCCCCUUAACACCCUCUUCAUCAUCAACACCACCACCUCCAACGUCGCCAGGAACACCGCCGCCAGUACCACCUCAUAUUAUCUUCAUGGUUGCCGACGACCUUGGUUGGAACGAUGUGUCGUGGCACAACCCCCAGGUGUUGAUGCCACACCUGGAGUCCCUUGCCAGAGAUGGUAUCAUAUUGGAGCAGUCCUACGUCCAGCCCAUCUGCACCCCCACCCGCUCCGCUCUCCUCUCCGGUCGCUACCCCUUCACUAUCGGUAGGCAGAACAGCAUCCUGCAGCAUGCAGAACCCGUGGGUCUUGACCUGCAGUUGAAGCUCCUCCCGCAGGCGCUGAAGGAUGUUGGUUACCAAACUCACGCCGUUGGCAAAUGGCACCUUGGCUUCUGCUCAUGGGACUACACCCCCACCAUGAGGGGUUUCGACACCUUCUAUGGCUACUACACCGGUUCCGAGGACUACAACACUCACCAUAGGUCUCACGUCUUUGAGUCAUGUAAUACUUCUAAUGUGGACCACUGCAGCGACUUGGACGACGCUCCUGGAGGUAAGAAAGAAUGGCUGGACUUGAGGAACAACAAAACCCCGGACAGAAGCCAAGAUGGUGUCUACUCUACGUAUAUGUUCGCGUCAUACAUUGAGGAUCUACUGAGGACCAGAAACCCUGAGGAUCCCAUGUUCCUGUACGUGCCUUUCCAGAGUGUGCACGCCCCUCUCAUGGUACCUGAGAAGUACACAGAACCCUUCGUACACAUCAAAAACUCCUACCGACGCACCUACCUGGGCAUGGUAAGUGCCAUGGAUGAGGCAGUGGGACGGGUGGUGGAGGCACUCAAGAUCACUGGGCACUACGACAACUCCGUCAUCAUCUUCACUACUGAUAACGGUGGACCGACCAUCCACGGUGCCAACAACUGGCCUCUUCGGGGACACAAGGCUAACCUGUGGGAAGGUGGCACCCGGGGUGUGGCCUUCAUACACUCACCGAUCCUCCCCAACCCCGGCACCAUCAGUCACCAGCUGGUGCACGUCACUGACUGGUACAAGACGCUGGUGGGCCUGGCCAAGGGUGAGGCUCCGGAGGACAUUGACGGUGUGGAUCAAUGGUCCUCCUUCGUGGACUCGGCUCCCCCGCCCAGGACACACAUGAUAUACAACAUAGACAACACUACACAAUUUAAAGCUGCCGUCAGGAUUGGUAAGUACAAGCUUCUGGUAGGAUUCCCUGGCAAAGGAGAAUGGACACCCCCUCCAGAACUCAGACUUAACACUGUUGACGCCCCUCUGGGCCAACCAAAUGAGUCUCCGCCAUCGAGACAUCCUGGCCAGGGUCCUGUACUACCUCAGGUUUUACUUCCAACUGAGACAGAGGAUCCUAAAGAUGGUCAGUUGGAGAAAGAUUAUGAUGUAUUAAGUUCCUCUGAUAGUGUCAGGCGGAAAGGUGUUAAAUCAUCUCUAGAGGACCGAGCAUUAAAUUACCAUCAAGCCAACAGCUCCAGUAAAAUCAGGAAAUCCAGCCACAGGCACUUGAUCUCUACGAAGAGAACGGAUGCGGGCCCAUUCGUGUUUAUAUCCACCGUUCCAAAGUCUCGUGCCAGCAGUUCAUUAUCUGUAGACAUUGACGCCGAUAUCGACGCAGCAGACAUACUUUCACUGCAAGAUAAUAAAGGCAAACACAUCGAGAGUGCACAAAGUAAUGGAAGGGACACUAAAGACGCUAGAGAAGGCGAAGGAGUUGUUAAAAGAAAAACUAUAAGCGAUAACGUGUGGACGCAAGAGUUGGACGUUGCCAUACAGGAGUUGUUGCUGCAAAUUACUAAAAAGAACGACGCAAAGAUUAGACUCUACAAUGUUGAGGAGGACCCGGAGGAACGAGUGGACCUCGUGUCGGUGCACAUGGAGGUGGUGAAGAAGCUUCUUCAGUACCUCGUGGAGGAGUUACCACGGUACGUGCCUGCACACACACUACCUGAGGUGCCCGAAGCCAAUCCUGAUAACUUCGACGGUGUCUGGUCUCCAGGAUGGUGCUAGUUCCUCUAGAACGGUGCUAGUUCCUCUAGGAUGGUGCUAGUAUCUCUAGGAUGAUGCUAGUGUCUCUAGGAUGGUGUUAUUGUCUCUAGGAUGGUGCUAUUGCCUGUAGGAUGGUGCUAGUGCCUCCAGGAUGGUGCUAGUACCUACGAGAUGGUGCUAGUGCCUCCAGGAUGGUGCUAGUACCGCUGAGAAGUUGUUAGUGGCUCCAGACUAGCGCAGUUACCUCUGCAAAAUCUCUCAGUAACCCCAGGGUGAGACUAGUGCCUGCAGAAUAGUUCUAGUAGCUCCAGAAUGUUGCUAGUAGACCUCGGAUCUGGCUUCUCUGUAUUUCUAAAACUUGUUUGGUAUAAUUUUAAAAUCUUAAUUGUGCGUUGUGUUUUACUGGCUAAAAAUAAAAAAUUUAUUCUG